AUGCGACAGCAUCCUAAUGAAAGCAUAGAUACGCUCAAAUCAACAGCAUGGUCUGAUGUGGUUCUGCUACUCGGAGAAAAUGCUGAAAGUAUAUUGGCUGAUCUACUGCUCGAUUGUGGCAUUUUCGUUCGUAUGUCUGCAGGAAGGGAUAAUUACCUUCAAUUGAGUGGGAUCCCCUUGGCCGAGCUGAAGCCCAAACGGAAACAACCCUUAUCUACUGGAAACCCGCAAACCUCCAAACCUCAUAAUCGCCCUGCUGAUCCAUCGCUCAUUCGUUUCGUGAGAAACAGGAUUCUCUAUUCGAGACCCGGCUUGAAUCGCAGUGGUAAGGUGAAGUUUGGGCUGAAACAUGUGCACGCUCUUGAGAGAUUUCCUGACUCUACGCAACCAAAACAUACAGUACAUGUGAUACAGCAUGUUUUCCCUCUCCAGUUCGGCUUGCACAAUGUUUUCACAAGUGUUGUCGAUCCCGCCGAGACAGCACAACCACUCAAAGACUAUGCCUUCCGCGAGCAGGAGAUUGGGGAGAGAUGGAAAGGACGUCUAGUCAAGGUUCCACGCCGUCUCCGUGGAGGAGCCAUCAAUGUGGUGAGGAAAAUACAGCGCAAUCACCGAACUUGUUCAUACAGUCAGUUACUGCGAUAUUAUUGCCCGCUCACUGCAAUCGCGACUCAAGGCAUGAUGAAUUCGGAGAAAACCCAACAUACUCUGUGUCCCUCCAAUUCCGAACAACCAGUGACGCAGAUGACUAAGUCCAGCCCAUCCUUCGAUUCAAGUGGCCCUGUGCGUGAUCAAUACGACUCUGAGACCUCCUUCCUACCUCAUGCGACCUCGCUAGAGAUGGUUUCGGCAUUUUGUCGGUCAGUCAUUGCAAAGCUCUUGCCUCAGGAUGCACUCGGGGCUGGCUCAGAUGGAGAACACAACAUGCGGAUCAUUAUGCAAAGGAUCGACCAAUUCAUCAGAUUACGCCGCUUUGAAACUUUGAGUCUACAUCAAGUAAUGCAGGGUUUACGGGUCAAGGCAAUCGAAUGGCUAGGUAGUCCCAAGACUGGACAGGGACAGAACCUUUCUAAGUCAGACUUCUCUAAGCGGGUUGAGAUAUUGCAGGAAUUCGUCUAUUAUCUCCUAGACUCUAUUCUGAUACCACUCAUUCGGUCCAACUUUUAUGUUACUGAGAGCUCGUCUCAUCGGAAUCGCUUGUUCUACUUUCGACAUGAUAUCUGGCGCAAGCUCAGUGAGCCGAGUCUCGCUACCUUGAGGCUUAAUAUGUUUGUGCAACCUCUACCUAGCGAAAUUCGACGCGUGCUUGCUACGAGGUCUUUGGGAUACAGCCAUUUGAGAUUGCUUCCAAAAGACACUGGCUCGCGACCCAUAACGAAUUUGAGACGACGACAAAUCAAAAGAAUCUCUGGUCGGAGAAUAUUGGUUCAAAGCAUCAAUUCGCAGCUCACGCCAAUAUUCAGCGUCCUCAAGUACGAAUGGGGUCAGAAUCCGUCAGUGUUCGGGUCUGCCAUGCUGUCAGCGGCAGAUAUUCAUGGCAAGUUGGCUGAGUUCAAGACCGGCGUGCCUUGUCAAUCCGCAUUUUAUUUUGCCAAGAUGGACAUCAAAUCCUGCUUUGAUAGUAUACCUCAGAAUGAACUACUGCUGGCGGUGACAGACCUGUUCCAUCAGCCAGCCUACCGGACUACAAAACAUGUCGAGACAAAGUCAGCUGACGACAAGGACUGUAACCAGGAACCGCAACUCCGGCGACGAUUUGUCGGAUCAGCACGAGUUGUGGAUGACAAAGCAGUAUUUUCGGAAACAUCGAUUCAGUCUUUGGCAUCUAAAAAGCGGCGAGUUGUGUUCUCAGAUACUGGAAACCACAGAAUCUGGACUCGCAGCUCGCUAUUGAAACUGCUUCACACUCAUGUGGAGGAGAGCAUCGUCAAAGUGGGCAAAAAGCACAUGAUUCAGAAGGAUGGUAUCCCUCAAGGAUCAAUGCUGAGCAGCCUGCUUUGUAGCUAUUUCUAUGGCAUGUUUGAAAGUCAAGAAUUGAGCUUCUUGGAUGCAGAAUCUUGUUUACUUCUGAGACUUAUCGAUGAUUUUCUGUUGAUUACGAUUGACAAGAGCCUUGCGAAGUUGUUUUUGGAGACAAUGGCCAAAGGAGACCCCAAGUAUGGAAUCCAGGUCAACACAGAUAAGUCGCUGGCCAACUUCGAUGUGACGAUCAAUGGACACAAAGUGCCACGCUUACAUGGGACCACUUGGUUUCCAUAUUGCGGCAUGAGUAUUCAGAUGAACACGCUCGUUCUACAAAAGGACCGAGAGAAGAAGGAUGCAUAUGUCAGGAAUUCACUGACCGUCGAAACAGGCUCCAAAGCAGGAAAGAUUCUGCAGAGGAAGGUCUUGUCCUCGCUCAAGUUGCAGAUGCAUGCCAUGCUUGUGGAUGUUGCCUUGAACAGCAAACGUCAAGUCAUGUCGACGCUUCUGGCCAAUUUUGCCGAGUCGGCAAUGAAGUUUCAUCAGUACCUGGGCCAGCUUUCCCAAAACCAACGUCCUUCAGAAGGAUUGAUCCGAGGGCUAAUCCAGGACACAAUCACUACAGCCUUCAAAAUUUGUUCAACCAAGAAUGGUGGAAGGCAGAGAAUUGGAUGGCCUGAGAUGUCCUGGUUGGGAGCAUGCGCCUUCCAGAGAGUGCUUCAACGGAAGCAGAGCCAGUAUCGGGUAGUUCUAGCUUGGUUGAACACGCUCCGGGCAGAGACUGAGCUGCGCGUCGGAAUGCACACAGGGGACAGAGAAGCAUUGAUAAAAGAGAACGAGCAAAUGUUUCGUGGCUACAUAUAUUAG